CGUUCACAGAGGUCCACAGAGUCCAUCACACAAGCCUUCAGUCUCCACCCUCUCCAUCCCUCCUCCCCUCGUGUCCCUGCGCCCAGCCCCUUCGUUAACUGUGGUAUGAAAGAGAAGCCUCUUGCUGGCAGUCACACUACCAGAUCCUCACCGGAGCCUCGCUCACAGAACAAACCCCCCGCACACACUGACUCAGGCCUGGACACGGAGAUACAGUUGGCUGCCAAGUCAUAAUCGGUGCACCUCUGAGUGAAGCUUUGCUUCGCCAAACCUCUUUUUUUCUACCACUAACAUGGAGCUCCACAGUGUGCAUAAAACCUUCCACCACAGUCACUUUGGUGAGGAGAAGAACCAGAUGCUGAACCUGAACCGACGCCUGGAGACCUACCUGAGUCGUGUCAAAAUCCUAGAGGGAGAAAAUGCGCUGCUCGCAAAGGAGAUCCAUGCUCUGAGACACAGCAAUCAUGGCGCUUCAACACGCAGGAAGGGCUUAGAGGAAGAGCUGCGGCAAGCAAGACUGCAGUUGGAUGAAGCCUGGGGGGACAGGGUCCACACAGAGCUGGAGAUUGGCAGGCUGACCGAGCAUUUCCAAGCCCUGGACCUGCAGAGACAGAGGGAGGCUCAAGCCCAUGUGAAGGCCAAGACAUUGCUGGAGCAAAGCAGGAAGGAGCUGGAGGAAGAACAGAGGGCACAGAUCUGGCUGAGAGAGAAGGCCAGUCAGCUGGAGCAGGAGAUGAAGCUCCUCGUUCAAACCCAUCAGGAGUCCGUGGCCCACUUGGAGGCCACGCUGACCCAUUCCAGAGCCACAGUGCCACCCACAUUGGCUCAAAGGGGCAACCAGACACCAAACCUCCUACAGCUAGGGCAGGAAUACUCCCAGAGGGCCUCCCGAGCAUGGCAGGAGGCAACAGAGGCCUAUCAGGGCCAGUUAGCUCAGCUAGAGGAGUCGCUUACCCUGGCCAGGAGCCGUUUGACCCAAGUGGGUCAGGAGAAAGGCGAAAGCCAGCUGAGGCUUCAAGCCCUGGAGAAGGAGAUUGCCUCAGCUCAGGACGUCAGGCUACAUCUGGAGAGGACUACAGCCCAACAGAGAGACAGACACAGCCAGGAGAUCCAGCAACUCCAGGCGCACUUAGAGGGCCUGGAGGCGGAGAAACAGGAGCUGGGACAGCAGAUCGAUCGUCUCCUCCUGGAAAACCGAGGCCUGCUGCAGCUCAAAAUGUCCCUGGGUCUGGAGGUAGCAACAUACAGAGCUUUACUGGACAGUGAAAGCCUCGGGGGAGACAUCUCUGUGUUAAAUCAGCCAAGAAACAUUUCCAUCACAGAUGCAGUGUUCUAUUCCCAAGGGCUUAAAAAGAAUUACCAAACCCAGCUGUCUGCUAGCCGCAAGAGCACUUCCCUUUCAUCUCUUUGUGUUAAAACAAGAACAGCACCAACAGCAAUAAUUGCAACACCACUCUACAAUCGAACUUUCACUGAAACACCAAAGAUUUUAAAUAACCCUGCUGUUGCAGAAGCAACGAGGUCAGCAACAUGGGAAACCCCCUAUCCAAAAAUACUGCAAGAUGGGGCUGUUGAAAAUUUUAGACCACAGGAGGUUCAUGAGAAAGUCACUUAUGCUGAGCCUCUCUCACCUCCUAAUGAGCAGGAGGCCUUUGCUCAAAUUGCAUCAGGGGACAAAGAAGAUGAAGAGGAUUGGAACGGUGUUGAUGAAACUCCUGAGGAAACACCAGUUGUGGAGGAGGUUGUCAGUUACCAGGCUGAGUCUGGCCUCAGCAGCGAGCCACUCUUCAAUGAUGAAGUUAGUCACCAUCAGAUUACAACGCCCAACAUUACACCAUACCAUGUCGUAGGGACCGAGAAGCCCUGCAUUUUCUCAGAUGAAUCUGAAAAGGAUUUGCCUUUUGAAGGUCCUGCUGAAAAAGAUGAAAUGAAACAGCCACAUGAUCCAAUUGAAGCGUGGGGAAAGAAAGAGUGCAUAGGCAAAGCAGUAGAGCAUGUGCAAGAGGAGACCUCAGAUUCUGAAACUCGGGCAGCGCUUGAACCAACCUUUGAAUCCGGGACAGGCAGUCCAGCGCCUGAAUGUGAGCAUGCAGAAAGUGUGUUUAACCAGUUGACAGAUUUCAGCCGAGAUGAAAACAGUUCAAAUGAGGAUGCAGCUGAGAUAAGACAAGGAAUAAGCUGUUCUAUGGUAGGAACAAAGGAGAGAGAUGUUGAAGAUAAGUUGUACUUUGAUGGAGAAGAGAUGGAUACGUGGGAUAGUGUAAUAGAAAGGAAGGUGGAUCUGAAGACAGACGAUGACAGAGAGAAGGAUGAAGCAAAAAGACGACAUGCUGAACCAGAGGAAGAAAUAUCAUCAGGCGAACCUGUCAGUGUACAAGAUGACAACAUGGCCUCUUUGGUGAUGGGCACACAAAGAUGUGACUGUGCCCUGACACAGCCUUCCGUACGCUUGAACAUCACUACAGCAAGGUCCCGUUCAGGAGUCUGCGUUUGUUGCAUGACGGGGAGAGAGUGGAGUCACCCCUGA